GGAUGUGGCCAGUAUAGCAAAACUCUUCGUAGACCGGUACCACAAUGUUUUGGACAGGAUUAGUGAUCCCAGGACGUCAGACUGGCCGUUGAUGCAAAGUCCAAUACCAACGGUGAUGAUGGUGCUAGGAUACCUCUAUGUGAUCCUGUUUUUGGGACCUAAGCUCAUGGAAAAUAGGAAGCCGUUCAAGUUAAAAGAAGUGCUUAUAGUUUACAAUGCCUUACAAGUCUUAUAUAGUGCCUUUAUGUUAUAUGAGCAUCUAAUGAGCGGCUGGUUUUGGGACUACAGCUACAAAUGUCAACCUGUGGACUAUUCAAAUAACUACAAAGCAAUGAGGAUGGCCAGGCUAUGUUGGUGGUACUAUAUUUCCAAGUUGACAGAAUUUGCGGAUACCUUGUUUUUCGUAUUGAGGAAGAAAGACAGCCAGAUUAGUUUUCUGCAUCUCUAUCAUCACAGCUUGACGCCAUUGGAGACGUGGAUUCUAGUCAGAUUCAUCGCAGGUGGUCAUGGUACGUUCUCCAACCUCAUCAACAACAUGGUGCAUGUGAUCAUGUACUUUUACUACAUGGUGUCAGCCAUGGGACCAGAAUACCAAAAGUACAUAUGGUGGAAGAAGCACGUGACCACCAUUCAGCUCAUCCAGUUCACUUUGGUGUUCGUUCACUCAGCGCAGAUCUUGUGGACAGACUGCGGUUACCCCAGACUGGUAGGCGGCUUUCUAUUAGUUCACGCCGCCAUUUUCUUCGGCCUUUUCACGAACUUCUACUACCAGACGUACAACAAAUCCAAAGCCAAAGCAGUCAAGCAAGAGUAGACCAUAUGGCCAUACUUAGGAUAUUGAAAUAUUUAUUCAACAACUUGUUACUCUUUUUGAAAAUAAGGUGCCAAAGCGAGAAAGCCUUAGGUGUAGAACGUGAACGAAAGGGUAAAUUAUUGUUUUGUUGCUUUUGACUGUUUGUUAUUUGUUAAGUAGCAUCAGGAUAGGAGUAGCUGAGAUGACAGCUCCAAAAGUAUAAAUUGCGAAUAGUGUGGAAACUUGGCUGAAUUGUUAGUUUAUUAAUAGGAAAAUAGCCUAAUACUUGAGAGAAUGUCAAGUUUCCAUUCAAGUCGUAUAUACAAAUUGUUCCACAUGGAAAUUAUUAUCACAAUCAGAAAAAUAUAAACAAAUACAUUUCCGAAUUUCAAGACUCCAAUCCGGGCAAGGGUAAGUAAGAUUCCAUGUAGUGAACGGAAUUACAGUUCACAUUUACAAUGGUUGCCCUCGCAACAGUUUUGAGGGCAAAACACUGGAUCCAAUAGAAAGAUCACUAUUAUUUUGAAAACCAGGAGACGACUAUAAAAUAUGUAUCAGGAAAUGGAAAGAGGCAAUCUAUAUCUUAUGCAGAUAUCAGCAAACCCUUGCAAGGCGGCUAAAAAGGUGUUUUCUAUUAUACAAUAUGAGUUUCUAGCGCGGGCUCGAUCGAUCGAAAAUUGUUGCUCGUUGAAUAAUAUUUUUAUCUCUACAGGGUGAUUCAUAACUAAGUGCUGACCCGCGCAUACAUUUUCUAAACGGAAAGACCUACAUCAUAUUGCAGAUUAGAAAAGGCUCUUUCAAAUGGUGCAGUUCGAUAUAACACGUUUUGUCUUCAAAUUGUUGAGAUAUUCGAUAGUCUAUCGAAAAAAAUAUUCAAAAUUGAAAAUUUGAUCUCCCAGCAACUUUUAUAGCUAGACCCCAGUAAAAUUGUAUUAUCCCAUUAUUGUUUCCCUACCUGCUUACUUUGUCAGUUUUCAGGACAGCUUAUACAGAGAUGAAACCUUUAUAUUUUCACACUCUUUGAUUCCCCGUUGCACAUUUUUCUCAUAUAAGGUUUAUCUGGGCUUAUACGACUGGAUUACAGCUACCCUUUUUGUAAAUUAGAUAUCAAGGUAAAUGAAAAAUAUUACAAUAUCUUUCAAAAUAUGAUAACGACAGAUUGUUGGUAUUGAUGUAUUUUCAUAAUACAAGGACAUCUAAUUUUUCCGAAAGAAAUCAAAAAAACACGUUGCUAAGUAAUAUUUUGACAAGAAGCAUGAGUGCUAGUGGCAACAGAAAUCCGAGUCGAAGACGGGGAUUUUGCAUCCGCACGAUUUUUUUUUUAAAUUUUACUUUGCAUGGCGUUCUUUCAACAGGAAAAAAUUAGAUGCCCCAAUGAUAUUUAACAAGGCUAUUUCAUGAGUAACAGAGUAACUGUUUAAAAACAAUAUUGCAAAAUUUAUUGAAAAUAAAAUCAAAAAAUGGUUCAGCGUCGUUUUUGGGUGUCCUAGGAGACCAUAAUUACUUGUUAUCAAAGAUGUUGUAAUGUUUCGAGACAACGCUGUCAAGUUUUGCCGCGGGUAAAGUCCAAAAAAACUGCUGACACGUGUUCUGAUACAAUUUUUUCAUCUAGGAACCAUUUGUAAUUCAAAAUUGCUCGUUUGUGAUUGGUGUAAAUUAAAACGAGAGAAAAAGUCAUUAUGAAUCAAAUCUACCCAAACGUAUGCAAUAAAGUAAAAAAGUUAAGGUGUUUUUAGUAACAAAAAAAAGUCGUUCAAACCCGCAUGAACUUGUAUCAGAAAAAAAGCUUGUGAAACGGAUAAUGAAUGAAUACGAAAAUAUAUAGAGUGCUUUGAGAAGCAGUUGAUUUUGCGUUCUUGAUCACCUUGUAUAGACUGACCAAAAAACUGAAAAAGUAAGCAGGUUGGGAGAAAAUAUGUCACGGCAAAUUCAGUACUCUAGCUAUAACAUAUAAUAUUUGGAAUAAAAUGUGGUUCCUUUCAUUUAAAAAAAUGUUUGGGUCACUAUGUAGCUAUGAACCAAGUGCGAACCCAGAGGGGGGCAAGGAGGCAUUAGCCACCUCUUUACCCUAGCUCAGCAAAAAUUAAAUUAUUCAUGUACAGGGUGCUCCACAAGCAGAAUCAAUCUAUUAAAUGAGAAAUUACUGAGAAUAUUUAAAAUAUAUAUUAGAUAUAAACUUAAUUUUGCUAAGAGCAUGGAUUACUUGAACGAACGUAACAAAAAAUGUAUGUAUACAUCUGAAAGUUAUUCUCCCAUUUGAUGUUUUUUCUCGAUUUCAGUACUUCUCUGGCCUAUUGAUUUGAUUGAAAAAAUGAGCACCCUGUUUGAAUUUUUUGGGAUAUGUACACCCCAAGAAAUAGGCGUAUAAAAUUUGCAGUAUAGCAAACAUUUGUCAUAUAUUAUCUCAAGAGUUACUUUCAAGUAUUGCAAAGUUGUUAAAUGGUGGUGGAAAAAUAAUAAAUGGAUUAAACAAUGAAAUGCAAAUAGAAAGAAAAAUAUCAACCACAGUUAAGUAGAUAUUAGUUCUGGAACUUCCACCAAAAAAAUUUUUGUACAGGGUACGCCCUUGCUAUGAACCGGCGUGUAUAAACAAAAAGUCAGGAGCAUGAUGUUGGCUGCAAUUUUUGUAUUAAACUUUUUAGACACCAUGCAUAAUAUCGCAGUUAUCGGCUUAGUCCGCACUAAAAACUCACCCUAUAUGUAGGAGCUAAGGGGACAUUGUUUCACUACGGAAUUCCAGCUACCCCUGCCUCGCACAUGCCUCGAUAAAUAUUGCCUAGAACUAAUGAGAUAUUCUGAAAGUUUGUGUUUUCAUUGUGGUUGGCGCACAACGAUUAUAAUUGCUUUCUUGCUAAUCGCCACAAAUAAUAUCGAACACCCAAUAAAAAUAAUUUUGAAUGAAACUUUGUACACAUAUUGUUAGAUAAAAGGAAGUGGAAUUCGUGAUUCAGUUUUUAAGUUAAUACAUUUGCGAUAUGCUGAUACCGUAUACAUUCAUCUAGUCGUCGGGGCAUGCUUCUAAGGGAGUGAUUAUGUCUUUCAUGGUAGCGUUUGUGGAAGAUGAGAUAUUCUUCCCCAUCAUAUCAUGCACAUAUUCAAUGGGCGAAAGAUCUGGAGAUCUAAGAGGAUAAGGAAGGAGGUUGAUUUAGCAGUAUUGAAGCAGUCCAUUGUUUCCCUACCAAUAUCGGGAAAAACAUUACCUUGUUGGAAGUGGGGUUCUCAAUCAUUUGGAGAAAUAGCAAAAGAUGAGGCUCCGGUAUUUCAUGAAAAUACCGUUGUUCUGACUUAUGGUGCUCCAAAUUAGAACGUGUCUUUUGUGCAUUCCUAAACAGAACCAAAACCAAGGAAAUUGGACUGAUCAAUGGUCUGACAUUGUCUUUAGUAUACAGAUACUUUGGACGGGUUCUAAAACGCUGUUGUAGUCAUGUUGUGUUUAGUGAUGAGUCUUUAUGCUUAUUUCUAAUUGAAUACAAAAUUUCUUUCAAAUUAAAUAAUUUUCAUAGGAUGGUAUAUUUUCUUGGUCACUGAAAAAUAUAUUACCUACACUUAACACUUGAAACAGAUAUUUGUAAUCAAGCUUGGACGUACGCAAAUCAAUAAAAUAUUGUUAGAGUGCAAUCAUGGCCAGUUGAUGGAUAGCACAAUAAUUUACUAUAAAAGUCAAUACACCUUUAGUCGGCCUAUAAAAUUUAACGUUUUGAUUUAAAAACAAAACAAGGUCGAAAAACAACAUAAAUAUCAAGCCUUUACUGUAAAUUCAAUGCAUAUUUCUUCAAUCACCCUGUAUGUGCUCUUCGUAUAAGCGAAAAAUGUCAAGACAAUGAGAUUUUUCCAUGUAGAAUAGACUAUAUUUUACCUUAGCAGUAAGGCUCCUUAGUUACUGUGAUGUGAAAGAUAAGGAGUACAACCGAUAAGCAACAAAACAAUAUUUUGAUAAUGAACAAUGCUUUUACUAGUUGUUUGAUGUAUACGAAACACAUUUGACAAUAACAGCAGCAGUAAUUCAGUUUCUCUGAAAAAACAAUCAACAGGAUGCGCGGUUUGUAAAAACGAUUGGAACCCAUUUUAAUGAAUUCUAAGAAAGAGGGAAAUUUUGAUUCUGAGAAUUGAGCAAUGAUUGAGUCAAACAAAAAUGUACCCCUUUUUGAAAACUUCAAAGUAUUUAGAUGAUUGAAAACUUAUCUGUAUUUGUUUUUCUUUGAGCUAUUUUGGUUUCUAAAUGUCUUAUGUACUUAUAAUGAAAAAAAUCUUACAGGUUUGACAAAAUUUUCCUCUUUGCCAGUUUCCCCUAUGGAUAAAUUAUGACGAAAUGUAAAGGUCUUCAAACAUUUUCUAUUACGUUUGCGGUUACAUCUUUCUCCAAUUCAAACUUUUCCUACUGAAUCGAAAAAACUAACAUGAAAUCAUGAUUGAAAGCAUUGUUUAAUUUACUUCACGGAUAUAGAGUAAAUGAAAUUCCAGAGACAACUGACGUGUAAUAUUUGUCCUGCUGUUUCAAUUUAAAUGCCUAAUUUGAGGCGUGAUGAUCAGUUUCCAAUACCAUUACUGAACUUUACUUUUUUCUUGAUGAAGUGAAAAUCGCAAUUAUCUCUGUAAAAGUGUAUAUGUAAAUAAAAGUUUAAGACUCGAUGAACCUUCAAAAGAAAGGAGGUGGGUAGAUAAGGGCCAUUUUUCGCCCAUAACACACUCAAAAAUAAAAAGUUCGAUUCCAGACUAUUAUUGAAUUUAUUUGUGAACUUUCAGACAUGUAUUUUUUCAUUAAAUAAUAUUUACGGUAUAAAUAAUGUAAUAUGCUUCAGAAAUUAUUUCCAAGAAAUAGAGUAUUUAGCGCUUUUUAUGCAUUAUUGUUGUUUUUCGAUCUUCGAAUCAUGUUUUCCCUACGAAGCGUUCCAUGAACCACAUUAACUUUAAUGCUCAGUGAGUCUACUUAUUAUAAGCUUGUAUAUGAGUAUUUAUUUGUUUUGGUGCAGUAAGCGCAUUAAUCCAAAAAUACGUAAUAUAUGCUGCGGGAGAGUGUGACUCACGUUCAGACAUGAUUUUUCGCUCUCGAAAAGUAUUUACGUAGUAAAGGUAUAGGUAGAUCUGAUAGUGAUUCGAAUGAAGAAGACAAGGAAGAAGAUUAGUAAAAAAUAUAUUAAGUAUAUGAAAAUGAUUAUCUUUUAUAAUUGUUUAAUAAACAUAUAUAACACUCAGAUAAUUAUUUAAUUUAUGUAUACCACGGACUUCAGUUUUCAUUUGAAAUAAGUAUGUUUUCUUCUUUGUUAUAGAGUAUACUCUUCAUAAAUAUAUCUAUCGCUGAAUGGCUCUUAUCAGCUGACCUCCUUUCCUCCUAUCUAUAUUAACUAACAGAAAGACUUUCAGUAUUCUAGAGGAAUGCAAACUAAGUACUGCAACGGGAUUUCAUAUGACACUAUUAGAACUUUCUAACUUCAUGAAAAAUCGAUUAAAGUGCAAAAGUAAUUGGAAAAUGAUCUUCACGACUCAGGCCUCUAGGAUUAAGUGCUCUUAUUUAGUCAACAGUAAUUUAAACAUUAUGUAUAGUAUCGCUUUGUAUAUGGCGUGGAUGAAAUUGUUGACUGUGAUUUAACUUAUUAUGAAAUUACCCAUAUUUAAUGAGUGGAAGAUACUCUAAACUGGCCUGUUAUCUUUUUUAUAAGAAAUGCUAUACCAGACACAGUAUGUUCGUUUUCUACUGCUUUUGUCUUUUCGGUAACAUUUCUUAAUAAAGCUACUAUCAUAACAAAUACGAACCAACUUUAAUUACAUCAGUUCUGCAGAACAAGAACUCGAUCUAAAUGAGAAAAAGAAAUUUCCUGCUACAGAACUUCAGUCCUCAGCUUGUUGAAACCGGUGCAGCAUUUCUGCAAACCUUUUUGUUUUCGUUAAUGCAGAUGUAUUCUGCAUUGACUAAGUCUUGAUCUUAUACCGACAUUUGGUUUUCUAUACCUCAUAUGUGCAAUAUUUUGUUCUUAGUUCCAGUAUGUAGAUACUCCUUAUGAAGUACUGUUUAUUUUAUAUAUCAACACAACAUUUACGGUUCACAUAGUGGUGGAAGGUUUUGGUCAGAGUUUGAAAUGUAUCUGAAUUUCGAACUGAGGUUGAUACAUCGUCAAGAUAAGGUACUUGAAUGCUGGUUCUGAUUUCAUUCUAAACGUCUCUCGCUCUCUGUUACGUUAUAUAAAUCACGUAAAUUCAAAAAUGUUUGUCUGGCAUCCCAUAAGAUCUAUCGUUUGCCAUUUGACAUAAAAUGAAGGGUAAAUUUGAACUUGUACUUCAUAAGGUACUUCCAGUAGAAGUAGUUUUAUAGAAUAAACAUAUGAUAACCUAGUCAUACUAUUUUGUAAAAUAUAAGUUUGUAAGGUGUUCUAUAUAUAUUAGGACUAGAUUUUAGGUACUGAAUGGAGCUAGGGUGUUCAGAUUUAACGGUAGAAAAUGGGACAGAAAAGAAAAAUGAAUAGGCACAUUCUCACAUCAACAAAGAAGAUGGUUGACUGUCAUUUAAGACAAAACAUCAAUCAAGAUCUGUAGAUCUAUGUUGUAGCAAGCGGAUGAACAGUACAAUAUUUGUAAUCCUUAUUAUAAAUAUGAGUACAAGCAUUGAUUACUGUAUUCUACUCUACCUGAAGAUAGCCAAAAUAAUGCUACAUUCCCGUGACCAAAAAAUUUUCUCAGAUAAAAUGAGAUACGGUAGUAUCAUCUAUGAGGAUUAGCUGCUUCUUAUUUAACUAUACAGAGAAAUCCAUAUACCACUGACUGCGUAAUGUGUACGAGAGAGAAGCACGACAAGCAUGCAAUACGUAUGUUAGAAAGGGAUAGAAGCACAACGUUGCCUAACAACCCGAGUGACGAGGCAACGUACUCAGCUGCGGCUUGCCGUGUUACCAUCGGCGUACUCUUUAUAACAUACAUCUUGCCCGCUCCUAGUGCUUCUCUCUCAUACACAUUAGGACGUCAGUGAUAUUUGGAUUCCUCUGUAUAAAGGUCAGUGUCUCAUAAAUGACGCUGUAGUUUGAGCAUAUAUGACCAUCUUUGAAAUACCAUCCUUUUUCUGCUUCAGGUAGAAUGCUUUGAUCAAUGGUACAACUCAGUAGAUCGUAUGCCACGCUUAUUAUUGGAAGUCAGUAGAUCAUCUGUCACGCUUAUGAUUGCAAAAACACAGUUCUACUCGUCAAUGUCUGCCAGAACGGUCCGUAGGCUCUACAGUCUGACCAAAUGUUGAUCUGCUGAACUGGUUCGGAACGAUUUAAAAAUCUUGUAUAUUUUCUUAUUUUGAGUAUAGGGUAGGUGUUGUCUUGUAGUAAUUUGUGAAAAAUGUACGUUUCAUUUUCAUUAAAACAAUUUCAAAUAUAUUUAAUUUGUACAUUGGAUGGUAAUGUAGCUAAAUAUUUGCUCAAAAUUUUAUAUUUUUAAUAAAGCGUGUUGAAAAAUACGGAA